GUUUGGGUAUCGGUCUUCCACCCAUCAUAAAAUUUGGGUCUGAUGAACUCAAACAGAGGGUUGCUCCAGAAUGUUAUGCAGGAACAAAAAAUAUUUGUCUUGCUAUUACAGAACCUUAUGCUGGAUCCGAUGUUGCCAAUAUUAGAACUGAAGCAAAGCUUACGGACGAUGGCGAAUUCUAUAUAGUUAACGGAGAGAAAAAAUGGAUCACAAAUGGUGUAUUGGCUGACUAUUUCACCACUGCGGUGCGCGCGGGUGGUCCAGGGAUGGGUGGAAUCUCUCUUCUUUUGAUUGAGAGAUCGAGACCAGGUGUUAAGACCCGUCAAAUGCAAUGUUCAGGUGUAUGGGCUUCAGGUACCGCUUAUGUCACAUUUGAAGAUGUAAAGGUUCCAAAAAGUAAUAUCGUUGGAAAGGAAAAUGCCAACCGAUUUGCUCGUGUAUGCUAUGAAGAAGCUAUGAAAUAUGCUCAUAAACGAAAGACUUUCAAUAAAAGACUCGUUGAUCAUCCGGUUAUUCGUAAUAAACUCGCUCAUAUGGCUCGACAAAUUGAAGCUACUCAUGCUUGGAUGGAAUCUCUACUUUACCAAACAAGAUUUAUGGAAGGAGAAGAUGCAAUGAUAAGACUCGGUGGUCCAAUUGCGUUAUUGAAAGCACAAACAACACAAACAUUUGAAUUUUGUGCUCGAGAAGCCGCCCAAAUUUUUGGUGGUUUAGCUUAUA